CAUUCUGAAGGUGGUUUCCCUUUCCAAGAGUGCUUCCCCCACCCCUUGGAGCAGUGCUUUGUGGAGCGGGCAGAGCAGUGCAGGAUGCAGCCUGGGCUCGGGGCCGGGGCUUCUGGCUGGGGGGCACUGAUUGAGAAAUGGAAGGGGUUUCAAAUCACUAAUGAACAUCGCAAUCACUAAUCACCAUUUCUGCGGGAUUCCUGCCCGGAUUCCCAUCACUGCGCUCACUGAAAUCCUGGCGGGGCGGUGGCAGUGGGGCUUUUUCUGCUGCUGGGGCCGAGGCUGAGGCUCUGGGUGUCCCUGCCUUCAGACUGGAGAGGUUUCUCACACGGUGGUGGCACAGCGCUGCCUUGCUGGUUCACCAACCUGCCCUGCCCUCUCUUCCAAGUGGGCUGCACCAGCAGCAUCAGUGCACUGACAACCUGUUUCCUUCAGAACCAAAAGGAAAACCCGCGAUUCUGGCUGCGAAAAUUCACCUAAGGGCCAAAUUCCAAACACGCAUUUGCUUCUUUAAAACGAAAGCAUUUUGAUAGCUGCAUCAUCUUAAUAGCAGGCAGCUGAAAAACUCCUGCAAAUUGGUGCUGCUGUGCAUUUGUUUGAGAAGAGCGUGUCUGGAGAACCACUCAGAGUUCAGUGGACCAGUCUGUGUGCCUGGAAGCACAGAUGGUUUCUGGCAGCCCGGCUCUGGUGCAGCCCGCAGUGGGAGGGAGCCCGCAGUGCGUCCCGCGGCUGAUCCCCAUUCCUCUGCUCUGCAGUUCGGCGAUUCCCAGCAGCUGCGGCUGGUCCGGAUCCUGCGCAGCACCGUCAUGGUCCGCGUCGGCGGAGGCUGGAUGGCCCUGGAUGAGUUCUUAGUGAAGAAUGACCCCUGCAGAGCACGAGGACGGACCAACCUCGAGCUCCGGGAGAAGUUCAUCCUGCCUGAGGGCGCCUCGCAGGGAAUGACGCCGUUCCGCUCGCGGGGCCGAAGGUCCAAACCGUCCUCCCGGGCGGCCUCCCCAACGCGCUCCAGCUCCAGCGCCAGCCAGAGCAACCACAGCUGCGCCUCGAUGCCGUCGUCUCCCGCGACCCCGGCCAGCGGAGCCAAGGUAGGGCUGGGGGGAGGACCUUCCUUUGGCAGCCCGUUCCCGUGAGACAGACGCUGCAGCGCGAG